AGUCGUAUCGCUGAAACGUCAUGACUAAGGAAGGGAAUAUAAAACUUGUUCUAAUGGACAGGGAGUUUGGUUACGUCCCUUAACUCACGCUUCCGAUUCUGAAGCAGAAGGGACUAAAAUAUUAAAAAUGAAUGUCCCUGUGUUUAUCGAUAUUGCUGUUCCGCUACAGGUAAUUACAUAUAUUUUAACCCCUCAUUACUUUAUUUGUUUUGUUUGAAAGAUGAACAUAAAUUUUAUUGCUUAAAAACAUAAAGUAUAAACCCAACAGCUGGAUACCGGUGACUAAACCUGUUUUCGAUAACUCCCUGGUAGAAUUUAUCAACCAAAAAAAAAAAAAAUUGAACGGGCCUUCGCCCAGUAAUGCCAGUAAUGAUUUAAGAACAUUUAAGUUGAACAUCAUGGGCUUGUUCUUUAAUACCCUGGCCCUGUCUGUUAGUGCCUUACAUAGAAUCUCAAAGAGUGCUUUUGAAGCCUAUGCCUAUAUUUAUAUUUAUAUACUCUAUAUUUUAUUAGUCAUUAGUCUAUGUCUAUAUUCUAUAUAGUAACAUGACAACAUGUAGUAGUUAUGUAUAUAUACUAAUGACUAUAGUUCACUGAACUGAGACUGAGGGCAAUCAUAAUAUUUAUUACUAUUCAUUUAUUAAAUUAGAUCCUAAAUUAUAGCCUAAAUUUGCUCUGUUUUUAGGAGAAAAAGGCCUUGGCCUUGAUUCUAGAUCAAUUAUUUCCUGACCCAUAAAAAUGCCGCGAUGCCUAAAUAAUAAUAGUUAUGAAUAAGUAUUUGAUUUUAAAGUGUUCAAUCUGACUCUAACCUAAUCACUAUUUCUCCUGCCUUUGGAGACUGACCAUCAAUCAAGUGGUGUGGUCAUCGGUAAACAAAGAUAAGAUCGCACCACUUUUAGUUUUCACUUCAUUUUAUUAACUCCUGAUUGAUGAAGUAAAACCUUUAGUAGAUAUGGCCAUUAUGAAUAUGAUAAUCAUAAUGAUUUAUGAUUAUGAUUUUUCAAGUCCUAUACAUACAAUUUAUUAGUAUUAGGCCUAUCCGCUAAGUGAAAUCCUUUAUGGUAUAUCACUACAUUAUAGGAUUAAAUGUGCUAUUUCAAUAAUAAAAAAUAAUAGGCUAUUAUUUUUUAUGAAUAGGCUUAUCAGUGAGUAAUGUGUUUUUUUAUUCGAAGUGUCUACACGUCCGGCGCGCCGGACGUGUAGUGCGCAAGAUACACGUCCGGCGACUUGUCACGCGACCGCCGGACAUGGCCGGACGGCUAGUAGUUUUUAUAAUUCCAAACGAAGUACGAUUUAGUAUAUCUUGUCUGGUCUUGUGGUAGAGUGGUUGCUUGACGAUAGGAAGGUUUGAGGAUCUAUGCCGGGGAUGGGGUCGUUUUUUUUCUUCCCAUUUUAAUUAAAAUAUUUUGUAUAUAUUUAUAUUAACAUGUUCCUCAGCAACAGUAGUUUCAUGAGAAGUUUUUAAAUAUUUUGUAGCAAUUGAAAUAAUUUAAAAUUAAUUUUAUGGAUUACUGGUACACAAAAAAUAACAAACUAAACAAAAAUGUUUACAAGCCACUUUCACUUAAGUUUUUUUUUCUAUUAUUUGCAUUCAAGAUACUCAGUACAUUACUUGGUAGAGAAAUAGAUUUUAAAAUUAACAAUAGUUUUGAAUUAUUCGCAGUCACGUGACAAGGUUGACCGACAAGAUAUCUCUCGCCACUUUGUUAUGGCGGUCAUGUGACUUGGUCGCCGGACACAUAGUGCGGGAGAUAGACGUCCGGCGCGCCGGACGUGUAGACACUGCCUUUUUUAUUAGGCCUAAGGAAUUUCAAGAAAAAUUAAAUAAUUUUCACUUAGCUAGACGUAAAUAUUGUCAAAACUUGUACACAUUUAAUUAGGCUAAUUCAGAUUUCACUAUCCAGCUAGGAUAGGGGACUACAAUUUUGUAUCCAUAAGCAUAGGUCUAGCUAGGCUAUUAGUUUAUAACCAAAAAUUUAAUGAAUGGUAAAGCUAGUUGGUACUACUAAAAUAAUGCUCGCCUUUUUGCUUAAAUUAUUAAAUAAGAGAAAAGGUGUCUGAUAGGCCUAAGUUAAAUCGUAAAUGUGUAAAUUCAACUUUCCAGACUCUGGAGCUGAGAACAUUUCUAAAAGCUUUAGGUGCUGAAAUUUCUGAAGAAAAUGCAGAAUCAGGUUUAUUAACUGACUUGAAGAAUAUUAUUGAAGCAAGCAAGUUUUGCUGGAAUCUGAAUAAUGAAGCAGGUAAAUAAAGUUAUAUAAUUAAAGUUAAAAUGAAUUCAUGAUUGAUUUUAAUUAUAGAAAUAUAAUUUCUAGUAAUUGUGCACAUUACUCCUUAGCAAAAUGUGUUUUUAGAACAGUUGUGACAUUACUUUGGGGGAUUCAUUAUCAAACGCCUUAUGAAAGUAUGUUCACUUUCCCCCUUUUAUAUUGCAAUGUACAAUCUUGGAAGAUUUUUUUUUCACUUAAUUAAUCCAACUUUGUGCUUCAACAACAUAAAGGAAUAAUGAAAUUUAGACAUUUAUAUUCAGUUAUUGUCAUUUGCUGAAGAGUGACCAGUAAAAAUAAAUGAAUCACACAGUUUAUUACUUAGAGUUGAACAGGGGAACAGAAAUUAACUAGACCCUAAAUAUAACACACUUUUUCAGGUCAGACUUUUAAUUCCUGCAUUAUCCAAAAUCCAUGUUAUAUUGAAAGCUUGUAAUUUGUACGGUUUUAUUUUUUCGGUGAACCUAAAGUGACAUCUCCACCUGACUGUUACGUACCUAAAUCAACUUUAGACGGCUGACUGAUCUUUCGGCCCGGAAUGUUAUGGCAAAAAAAGACAAAAGACAGAUCCAUCGGCCCAAUAAUAAAAGCCUUAAGAUUGGCUGGCUUUUCUUUUGAACAGCUAAUCAGAUUGCCAGGGCUGUUAAUAUUGCAAUAUUGUAUUGGUAUUGGUAGUAUUGCCAAUACUUUUUUAAGUAUUGGGACUAUAUUGCAAUACUUCUUGAAAUUUGAUAUUGGUAUUGGUAUUGCCAAUAAUUAUUUUUGAUAUUGGUAUUGAUUUUUAACCAAUACUAAAAGCAAUAUUCAAUAAAUUCUCUACAACAUUGGUUGUGAAUAAAGCUGAAUAUAAUAAAUUUUUCUUUGGUGUCGCCAUCUUGCGAGUGACAUUGCCAAACAAUUUUUGAAUGAGACUGAUCAAUGAAAUGAAUGAUAAUAGAAAUCAAAUCAUAUAUGAUAUCUUUGGCAAUGAGCAUUGACCAGUGACUUACCAAGGCUCCAUUAAGGCUUAGGCACUUUAGGCACCGUGCCUAGGGCCUACAAACAAAAAUAAGGCCAAACAGAGAAAAAAUAUUUUUUUCAUUCAUCCAUCCAUCCAUUCAUUCAUUCACAAUAUGUGUACAGUAUACAUAUUAAAAAUGUUGUUGCUUAAGGACGUUAAGGUAUGCCGACUUAUUUAAUAUGUUGUCAAAGACUUUUGAAUGCUUUGAGGAAAACUGAUGAAGCAAGUAUUAACUAUUGAACAAAAUUUGGUUAAAAAUACAUUGUCUAAAUUAGCCAAAAUGUUGUUAUCGUUUAUCGAUGUAAGUGAUAUAGAGCGAUGAAUUACGUAUUUGCGAUUUAUUCGUCAAAUGACCCAAAUAUUGGUAUUGGUAAGGCAAUAAUAAAUAAAUAUUGGUAUUGGUAUUGCAAUACUGGUUUUAAAAUUGUAUUGGUAUUGCCAAUAGAUUUUACUGGUAGUAUUGGUAUUGCCAAUAAUUUUUUUUAGUAUUGUUAACAACCCUGCAGAUUGCUUCUCGCAUUUCUUGCAAAUUAAUGGCAGCUUCCAACAAUAUUUUACGAAGUUCUGUCCUGUCCUUUUAUGUCAAUUUUUUUACGCAGCGACCCCUAAACACACUUUAAAAAUAUGUGCCUUGAAACAUGCCAAAAUAUUUUAUGCAGUUUUUCAUACUGAAUCUCAUUCAAAUACGAGUUAGCACUUAUUUAAAUUUAAACAAUCAUAAAAUUUAACAAAGUUCUGCAAGUAAGACAUGAUUAUUCUAAGUGUAAAAAAAUUUCACGCAUUAAUUAUGCAAAUCGGGAUAUCUCAUUGACAUAAAUGUUGAGAUUUCAGUUUGAUUCAUAAAGCAUCAUAUUAGUUUGUUUCAAUUCCCUACAAGAAUAUAUAUAGUUUUAUAGUUGUAAAGUACCGUAAUUAAUUUAUUUUACAUACAAAUUUUGCAAAGUAAGUGCAGGGCAUGUGAAAAGAGCUCCAUCUUCUUCGCACUGACUGUCCAAAAAGGGUCAGCCUGAAGAGGGUUGAAUUAUAGAAUGUAAAACAAUAUUUGUAAUUGAUGGCGAUUUAAAAUCGAUACUCAGCGCACAUGACACAUGAAGAAUUUUUGUUUUUCUCUAAUUAAAUUAAAUUUUUUUACAAUGAAAUAAAAAAUGUUUUAAAGUCCCUAAUUUCUCUUGCUUCCUACUUUCGCGCAAAUCCAUAUACUGGAAAAUGCACAAAUUUUCUAGAUGUAAUUAUUAUUACAAAAUAAUGAUGUUGGACAGCAUUUUUUCUAGGGGCCAUCAUUCAUCCUGCGUUUUUAAUAAAUCCAUGAGCGCACUAUCUAGGGUCCAAUGUAAUACAAGAUUUAAUAUGAUGCAGGGAAGCAUUUAAUCAGAGAGAAAAAAAGAGUGGGGAUCCAUUGUGACCUAGAAAGUUUUAGACAUUACCAAAGUUAUUUCAACUCUAUUUAUUGAGACUCACUAACUCUACUAUUUGCAUUUAAAUUGGAUUCAGAUAUCGAAAUGGUCUUCAACGGCAUCAUUUCACUACUACUGGUAGUGCCUGUGCAAGAAGCAGAAAGUGUUGUCACAUUAUUUUGUGAAAAAGUGGGAAAGCUGCCAGACGGUGAUAAACGAGUACCCCUGAGGCUAAGAAUGUAAGAAAUUUCUUUUGAAUUGUGAAUUUAAUGUUAAUAAAUGUAUUAGAACAGAGUAGUGGUUUAGUAAAUCUCUCAUGCUAUUUAGUAUUAUGAUAACAAAAAAUUUGUUAUUCUAAUUGAUGUUUUUUUUUUUUAAAUUAAGAUUAAUAAUGCUGUUUCAGGUUGAGUAACUUGUUUUAUGGAUUAGAGGAAGAAGCAAGCCUGCGUUAUGUUGUGUUAUGCAGUAUGGUGCGCCUGGCUGGUCAAAAUGAUCAACUUUCUUGGGUCCCCGUUGACUUGGAAAAAGUGUGUUUCUAUGUACUUAAUUUUUUUAAUGGAGAAUUUGAAGCCACACAGUCUAAGAAUGCUAUAUAAAGAAAUAGAAAAAAAUAAUUUAAUGAAUAGGUUCAAAUUUAGUGAUUAAAAUUUGCACCUUGUUUAUACCUCAUUAGGAAUAAGGGUAAGGGGUGGUUAUAAUAAGAGAUGACUCAUCCACUUAGGAUUGUCAUUUCUUAUCUUGUUUCCCAUAACUAUCUUAUUCAUUAGAUCAAAAGGUGGAUCAGUUUAUGGGAGAUCAGCUCAGCCAAAGUGCAGAUGUUGUACCGCACACUCCAUGAGUCACUCACAGCAUGCAACAUGCGGUAAGGAUUGCAAUUUAUUGAUUUGAUCUAUUAAUGUAUUGUGUGAUCAUUUUAGUUGUUGCCCUGAAUUGUAAAAAAAACUGUUUCAUUCUGUGCAUUAAUCUCUCUUUGAAUAUGUCUGUUAUAUUUUUUGCAACUGAUUAGCUUAGAUAAUGCCACAUUAAUAUCUGGGACAUCCAAGGUGUUCAGAUCCAUACCUGUCCACCAUUUCAGCCCAGAUACAUCUUCACUUCAGAAACUUAAAAUCUUUUCAUCACUUUGAAGCAUAAAAACUGAUUUUUAAGCCCUAUUGUUAACUGGAUUAACAUCUUAAUAACCAUUACUGUAUUACAUGUAGACAGGCAAACUCAACAAGUUCUAAUCUAGACCUCUCAUGCACAUACUACAAAAAAAAAUAUUGAUUCCACAUUACCAUCUAGUGGUUGGUUACAAGCAUAUAGUGUAAUGCCAGACUCGUGAAUUUGUUAUUUUUUUUAUAUUACAGAAACAUUUUUUCAGAAAAAAUACAUAAUCACUCUUUGUUCUUUUAAUUUAUUAAAUCCUUUGUAAAGUAAUACUAAAAACACCGAUUGCUAAUAGUUCUAAUAUCCUGUUCACAAACAUGAAGCCUGACUUAUCAACACCGGGUGAAAAAAAAGUAUUUUAAAACUUUGUUUUAAAUUUUUUAUUUUUAAAACUGAUAUGAAUCUGAUGGUUUCUUUUAUUCUGAGUUUGGCUCAGUAUACAUUUUAAUUUUUAAUUUUUUUGUUUAAUGCCUCAAAAUCUGACGUGUAGGGAACCAAGGUCAUUAAGAGGCACAAUUUAGAGAAUUAAUUCCUGUAACAAGGUUAAAUAAAAUUUAAAGGAAUUCUAUUUUGAUCAACUAAUUCUUAGUGGAAUAAGAAAUAAAAAUAAAUAGAAAUAUUACCCACGCAAGCCAGAUCUGCGCUUUGGGAAAAAUUCAUUUAGGAUUGGGGUGCCAAGGUUCAGCAAGAAUACAAAAAUUCAUAAAGAAAUAUUUUUGGAAAUUGCAUUUUUGAAAUUUAAAAAAAUGUAAAUUAUUGCUAUUUUACUUUUUUAAAAUUAAUUACUAGUUACAUUUAUUGCAUCAUAAUCUUGUAAGGUGUUUGGAAUAUUUACUCUAGACAUAUUUGUAUGUGAUGCAAAAUAAAACUCUGGAUCAUCCAAGGUGAUCAGGUUCUUAUCAGUUCACCAUUUCAACCCAGAUACAUAAACGUUGUCUCAUAAAAUGAUUUUUUUAAAUGUUAAUAAUGACUAAAAAGGUGAAUUAUUUGAAUUUUCUUUUUGGUUGCUUUGUUAUUUAAGGUUUUAUUAAAUUGUCUAAUUGCAUGCAAUGUUACCUUUUAAUCCUAGUGAAAUUGCAACAAAGGUCAUGAUAGAACUGCUUGGUACCUACACAGAAGAUAAUGCAUCACAAGCUCGAGAUGAUGCUCACAAAUGCAUAGUGACCUGCCUUGCUGAUCCCAACACAUUUCUCAUGGAUCACUUGCUAUCUUUAAAGCCGGUCAAAUUUUUGGAAGGGGAGCUUAUUCAUGAUGUUUGUAUUAUUCCUACAUCCUACUGUUAAGGCCUUUAUCUGGUGCCCCUUUCUUCACUAGUUAAAUCUACCCAAAAAACUUACAUUCAAUAUAUCUGUGAAGUUCCCACACACAUGUAUAAUCUCAUAAUUCAACUUUGAACAACUGUGACUUUAAAUGAUUUAAUAUUUAUUUCUGACCAUUUAUAUUGGUGCUUUACCCUAUUACCUGUCAAAGUGAAAGCCUGACAUGUGCAGAGACACACCUAUCUUAGGGAAUUCUAGUGCUGGUGUUGUCUUUAAUAGUAUAACUCAGUUAUUUAUGGGAGUAUUGUCAUUAAAUUUGAUUUCUCAAAGUUCCAUGGUAGUCUAGUGUUAAUAGGUGGAAUAAUUUAUAAUUUAAGCAAGUUGAACAGAAGUAGUAUUAUGAAUUGAAGUGAAGAAAUAUUCUUAAAAGAUUAAAACUAAUACAGCAUCAUUACUUUUUAAGUAUAUAGUUGUAAAACUGACUCAGCUCAAAUAUGUUAUUUUUUAUCUUAACACUUUUUAUUGAUUAUUAAUUUUUUAGCUUCUGACCAUUUUUGUGUCCGGUAAACUCACGCAGUAUCAACAGUUUUACAAAAAUCACACAGAUUUCAUAAAUUCUCUUGGUAAGUUGAUGAAAUUAUACAACCCCAGAUAAUGCUAAUCAUCUUUUGGUUGUUAAGCAAUGUAGUAUGCAUUACUAAGAAAUAUAUGUCCUGUCCACAUCAUAAGCUUCACUUAGACUUGGAUAACAAAAAUUGUUUACUAUUAACUAUAGUUAAUGAUUUCACUUUGAUUUAAGAGCUAAUGUUAAUAUUAAUACAACUGUGUUAAUGCUAAUUUAAGGUGGUUAGUUUGGUGAAAAAUAAGGUUAUAAGCCGGUAAACCCAAUAACGUUGCCAAGUCAGAUGAUAUUAAUUUCACUUCGUUCAUUUAAAUACAGGAAUCUGUGCUACUGCAAAUUUAUCAAUGAAUUUUAUAAAUUGCUAUCAAAUUUAUCACCUGAGGCUAUUUUUUUUAAUUUUUUUUUUUUAUUACAAAAUUACUAUUGACUGGUGUGUAUAUAUGACUCAAAAAUUGGAAUUCUUUCAUUAAAAGUUGUGAUUUUUUAUCUAUUUGAGAUAAUCUCAUCAUGUAAGAAUGCAUGUGCAGCUUAGGAGAGAUUAUUCAGGAAUUUAUCUCAUUUUAUAGUCUAAAGUGGCCCAAUUGGAGUUGUGUCGAUAUAAAUGUUAAAAUUGAUAGUCGCCGAUUGGCAUCAUGUGGAUUUUAAGUGCUAAUGGGUAAAUGUUUUACCAAACUACUUGAGAAAAAUUAAUGCAGACAUUGUAAUUUGUGUAUAAUCUUAUUUGACCAUAAGUCCUCCAUUCUUGUGUCAGUGUAAAAACAACUUAUACAUUUUAUCUGUUGUGCAAAAAUAUUUGGUCAAACUGAGUUACAAUCUUUUAUUCUCAUGGUGACAUAUUUUUGAAUAAAGUAUUUAUUUUUUGGUACCUUUUAUUUUUUUGUGUGACUUUUUAUUUGUAAAGUUUUCUUUUUUUACAAGGUCCAUCACAUGAGGAGAAUCUUCGUAAAAUGAGGCUUUUGACAUUCAUGCAAAUGUGUGAGAACCGAAAGGAAAUGGACUUUAGCGUUAUACAAGAGGAGAUGCAGUUAGACAAGGAUCAAGUUGAGGAGUUUGUCAUUGAUGGUAAGAGUAGGGGGGUUAAUAAAAUUGCCCUUUGUAAGAAAACUCUAAAAAUCAUGUUUUUAUACCAAAACAUCUAUAUAACCUGAAGCAGAAUAGAAAGAGGUAAUUUUUACAAGUUAUGGGUUUUUUUUUAUAUUAAAUCAACUUUUGCUUUCAUCUUGUAAGCUAUAAGGAUAGCAAUUUUCUUUUUAAAGACUUGUAAUGUGUAGAGCUAAUAGGAAUUCCCUGAAAAUUCAUAAAAAUGUUUUGUCCCAGUUUAACUUCUUAUAUAUUCUAAUUCAAUUUAAAUUUAAUAAAAGAAAGGUUUCAACCUUAGAGGGGGUGGCGGGGGUGUGUUGAUUCAUAUGCAUCACCAUGCUGCCCAGUUCCUAAUAGGCAGUGGACGGUGGUUGGGGACCCUUACCAGACCUGUUUACUCUUACAAUUUCGGCAUACUAUGUACAAUUUUGAGGGUAUUUUACGAUUGUACGCCAAGACCUGUCACAACUAUGAUUUUAAGAAACUCAGUUGCAAAUAAUAACCUUCUGGUUGUUUUUACUAUUAAAAAAUAAUAAUUAAAAAGUACAUUUUCGGUUGUUUUAACCUGCUUUCUACAUCCAGCAGAGAAUUUUUUGAUAAAUAUGAUUUGGAUGGGGACCAAAUAUUACGUCUGCCCUGAGAUGGGAAGGUGGUGGUGUUGAUUUAGGAGGUUUUGUGUAUGGGUGUGCCAGGAAAGGGGUCUCAAUAUUUAAGUCUAUAAAAUUAACACACCACAAUGACAUUUCGUAAUGACAGUGGUGGUGGGCAUAUUGUUGCUUUUUGUGUUUUCAUAAUUAACUUGCUAGACACUGCAGUAUUAUCAGCAUAGUACCUUAUUAACAAUUUUAGUGAUUCCUCAUAAUUAUUUCAUUCUGGUCGUACGUUCACUCCGAAGCUAAAACCUCGGCCAACCGCAUGACUCCCAACGCAAAUGGAGAAGUAGCGUCAUAACAUGAUUACUUUUUGCCUUGAAGGAUGUGAGGUUUGGGUGGCGGGAAAAACCUAUUCUGAUGAUUUUAGCUACACGGCUGUGAGAAAGCCGCUCCUAGGCAAUGGUUUCGUCCCAACCGAAAGACUCCCUGGGCGCUGUGGGGUGGUAACACAACACCUUUCCUCCAGAGUGGAAGCAAACCUGCCAGACCCUAGAGAGAGUGGACCAUGAACGCUUUAAACGCAGCGUUUUUGGUCCACUGGAUGUCCCCCAGGUCAGUGGGGAGGUUCCCGGCAUGCCACCGCACGGUCUGGCAGCGGGGGAACCCGGCGUCUCGCCCGUGGAAGGGGGGGGGGGUAUUAAUUUGGACGUACGUUCACUCAAUAUAAAUUAAUAUCUAUAGAAAAUACACGUCUCUGCAAAACAAAGUGACAGCAGAUUGCAAUAUAAACAAUGGUCAUCUACUUAUAAAAGUUACCUUUAUUGACGCCAGCUUAACUCGACCCAAUUAGACACUAUGUACACUAUGUUAGCAGUAAUUGUAGACAUUAUAUAUACUGUAUAUUUAUUUACUACUAAGAUACUGUAUUGUAAGAUUUGGAGGCGAUAUUGUGCCAUUUUAGGAGUUUGAGGGUUAACAGGUCUGCCUUACCCAGUGACAUUACUAAAAAUGAAUAGAAUUGUUGAAUCACCCUGCUUAGAAGUGUAUUCAAUCUUUUCUUUUUUAGUUUUGAAAACUAAAGCAGUGAAGGCCAGGAUAGACCAGAUCCAGGAGAAAGUUAUAGUUAGUUCAACAACAUUUAGAACAUUCAGCAAACAUCAUUGGCAGGUAAGAGGGAAAUGACUCAACAGAACUAAUUUUUUUUUUUUUUUUAUACUGUCUUUGUACCGCGCUUCCAGCCUUUGGGGAUGAAGCUUGUUUUUUUAAAUAAAAUUUAUUAUUAUUAUUAUUACAUAAAAUUUGUUUGCUAUAGUCACCAGAUGCAGAAGAAUAAAUUUAACUGCAAUUUUCUAAAUUUUGAAUGUAAUAUAUUUUAAUAGCUUUCAGUUCUAAAUGUAAAUGGUCUAUUUUGUUUCCUUGUUAGAAUUUCAUUUUGCUUAAUGUUAUGCUUAAACUUAAGUUAAAUCACCACGUUAGAAAUAAAAAAUUGAUUUAAUUUUAAAAUAAAGAAUAAACACAUUGUACACAUUUCAAUGUGCUAUUUUAGUAAGGGGUAAGAUCAUGAUGGAAAAAAAAUAUUUAUUUUCGAAAAGAGCAUAAUGGGUUGGUGCAUGUCAUUUCUGCUUUCAUAUCAUGUGGUUGUCAUGGUUUGUAUGUAAACAUGAAUCGGAUGUCACAGUGAAUAGAGGGGAAGGAAAUUAAUCAGAAUAAAUGUACAAAUUUUAUUUUUAAAACUAUAUUAUUGGUUGUUUUUAAUUAGCCCUACUUAACUUUCUGGAAUCAAGUUUCAAAACCACCCAAAGUGGUAAAAGUGGGCAGCAACCACGGGGAAGCUACACAAAUUUGAACAUAUCCCAUUGGAAAAUUGUCUUCUGUUGAUAAAUUUAUAAAUAUAUUAACUACAUCACUUGGCUCUGAGGUUUGUUUUCUGAACAACUGUCAGGAACUUUUAAUAGUUCAUGAGUUGAAUGAAACAAUUUGAUUGAUUUAUUUUUUUUCCCUGCAGGUAAUUCGUCAGCAUUUAUCCACCUGGCAAAAUAAUUUGGCACGUUUGGAGGUCAACUUUGAAAAUGUGUCCCUUAUUCAGUCACAAGUGCAACAAUAGAGAAACAUUUUAAUAUAUGCUAGAAAUCAUUAUCUUUUUUUAAGUCAAAGAUGGAAGUAUCAUACUUUUUAAAAAUAUAUUUUCAUCUAAUUUUUUUUUUUUUAAACUUAUGUCAAAUGUAGUUUAAAAAUAAACUGCACAUUUUUAAAAAGUAAAGUUGAACAUUUUAGGAAACUAUAUUUAAAAAUAGUGAAUUAUAAUUAUAAUAGAUUGGCAAAUAAUUAAAAACACUUUUUAAAAUGUUUUCAGUUUUAAAUUAUUUUCCAUUUUUGGUGUCAUCUUUGACAUUUCAUUUGUACAUACAAUUACAAACAAAUGGUGACAGUACAUAAAUAAACAAUAACUAAAACCUUAUACAUAAUGUUUGUAUACCUUAUUGUCAUGAAUGUAGUGAGGACCGAAAGAUCAAAGGAACAAAAUCAAAUUCACUUUGCUUGGUUGAUUUUUUUAUUCAUAUAAUCUUGGCAAUAAUAAUGAUAUUCCAACAUUUCUUUUCCAUAAAAGUUAUUUACAUAUAUUAGAUGAAAAAAUGAUGAUCUUAAAAAAACAAUUUCAUGUUUGAAACUUACGGAAGCUUCUAAUUCAAUAAAUGUUUCCUUGAAUUGUAUGGUUAAAUAAAAAAAUAUUUAAAAACAAUAGAACUAAUCAUAGCCACUCAGAUCAUUCAUCACAGCAAUACACCUACCAUAUUGAAGGUAUCUAUUCUUAAACAGUG